UUCAUCCCCUCGUUCUUCUCUCACAUUUGAUGAUCACCUUCAUGUCCCUGAAUUAAAUUUUAUUUUUCACUUAGGAUUCAGAAUUUUCAGUGUCAAAUGAGGAAUGAGAGAGGAGGCGUGGUGUUGGCGGAGAGGAAUGUGCUUCCUCGGCCAAAGCUGAGCGCCAUCCUGCGAUCAGAUCCGAAAAACGAUGAAGAGGAGAUGAGCCGGCGCAGCAACGUGUCGAUGGACAGCAGCGUUCCUCCGUCGAGCGGCGAGAAUUCUCCCUUGGUUAUGUCUCCGUGGAACCAUCCGUCUUCACCCUUCGCUAAGUCUCCAUGGACGAAGUCUUCGUCUCCAAUGGGCUUGCCGCAAAACGGGCUGAUAGGGUCUAUGGUUCGGGAGGAGGGUCAUGUGUAUUCCUUGGCUGCUACCGGGAAUUUGCUGUACACGGGGUCCGAUAGCAAGAACAUACGUGUGUGGAAGAAUUUGAAGGCGUAUUCAGGGUUUAAAUCCAACAGUGGGCUGGUUAAGGCCAUUGUUAUCUCCGGCGAGAAGAUAUUCACCGGCCAUCAGGACGGGAAGAUUCGAGUGUGGAGGGUCUCGCCGAAGAAUCCCAAGCUUCACAAGCGAAUUGGAAGCUUACCCACCUUCAAGGACUUCCUCAAGAGCUCCAUAAACCCAAAAAACUACGUGAAGGUCCGGCGGAAACGGAGCGUUCUCCGGAUAAAGCAUUUCGACGCUGUUUCUUGCUUGAGCUUGGACCAAGACCAGGGCCUUCUCUACUCGGGCUCUUGGGACAAGACUCUCAAGGUAUGGAGAAUCUCCGAUUCCAAAUGCUUGGAGUCCAUCCGAGCCCACGACGAUGCUAUUAACACGGUUGUCGCCGGCUUCGCAGGCCUUGUCUUCACCGGUUCGGCUGACGGGACGGUCAAAGUUUGGCACAGGCAGUUACACGGGAAAGGAACGAAGCACCUCUUUCUACAAACACUGCUGAACCAAGAAACUGCAAUCACCUCCUUGGCCGUCAACACAGAAGGCGCCAUCAUAUACUGUGGGUCCUCCGACGGCCUCGUCAACUUCUGGGAACGCGAAAAGCAUCUUAAACAUGGCGGGGUGUUGAGGGGCCACAAGCACGCAGUUCUGUGCCUGGCCACAGCCGGAAACCUCGUGUUCAGCGGCUCCGCGGAUAAGAGCAUAUGCGUGUGGAGAAGGGAAGGUGGUAUUCACACCUGUUUGUCUGUUCUCACCGGCCACACCGGCCCAGUAAAGUGCUUGGCGGUGGAGGAAGAUCAGGAAUCCACCCAGGGAGAUCAGAGGUGGAUUGUGUACAGUGGCAGCUUGGAUAAGUCCGUGAAGAUAUGGAGAGUCUCGGAGCAGGCCCCGGAUAUACAGCAAAUGAGGCUCAUGGCACAGAACUAUGUCCCUUCUCCCCUGUCCUCUCCUGCAAAAUGAGCCACAACUCCAACGCCAAAUUCAAUCCAAGUAAUUGGGAUCUAGGCUUCAUUAAUUUUUCUAAUCUCAAAAACCCAAAAAGCAGGGAAUCAAUGAUAUCAUUCCAUGGUCCUUGCAACAACACUUUAUUCUCAGAAUGAUCGGGAAACUCAAUUGCACCGGUGGUCCUAGCCACAAUCCGAUAUCAGAGGCACUUUCCCACGAAAAAGUGGUCAUUUUCUUACCAAAUCUUCCUGUAUAAUACAAAAAAAUCAUGAAAAUAAUAUAGAAUCUACGUACAAUACUUAACCUGCAAACCAUGUGGUAUAAAUGGGGUUUUGCUUGUAUUCUCUCGGUUUAAUCCUUUUCAUUUCAAAACAAAGUUGACGAGUUACAGGGGUUUUCCCCCUAAAUUUUCUUGUACCGAUUGUGACAUCAAGAAAGGAUUGACUUGCAUGGUGAUUAGGGUUGUAUAGGCAUUGUUUGGUGUGCUGUUUUUCUUUCCUUUUCCAGUGUUUCGGCUGUCUUGUAUAUAAAUUUGUGAAAUUUCAUCA